CUUUGGGCGGGAAAACUCGGCUGGGCGGAGCCCGAAUCCACCAAUCCCAUACAACCGACCGCAGAGCAGGGGAAAGCCCAACGCCCUCUACACAUCUUGCUAGCUGCGAUGUUCAGUGAACUCACCGAACUCCAGCAACACACACAUGUCUACGCCGUUCGAGCCAAUGAGCACACCCUCGUGCCAGUGACGGGUACCAAGAUGGUGUUAGAAUCGGGCGUGCUGCCCCCGCCGUUGCACCAGUUCUACGCGGCGGCCGCGGCGGCCCAACUGUCGCCCAGGCCGCCCUGGGCGCCCCUGCUGCAGUUCCCGGGAGCCGCCCAGCUGUUGGGCAUGCACGGCCACUUUUCGUCGCUGAACAGGCCGAGUGGAGAAGCAGACUCCGAGAGUGCUGCAUCGAAAAGGCGAAGGAGUAGGACGAACUUCAACAGUUGGCAGUUGGAGGAACUGGAACGGGCGUUCGUCGCCAGCCAUUACCCCGACGUGUUCAUGAGAGAGGCCCUAGCGAUGAGACUGGACUUGAAAGAAAGUAGAGUGUGGUUCCAGAACCGUCGCGCCAAAUGGCGCAAGAAGGAGCACACGAAAAAGGGCCCCGGCCGACCUGCCCACAACGCCCACCCGCAAUCCUGCAGCGGUGAACCCAUCCCGCCAGCCGAGCUGCGCGCUCGCGAACGCGCGCGCCGCAGGAAAAAGCUGCAGAAGGCCUUGGAGAGGCAGGCGCGCAAACUACGCGCCAAGGGCAUCGCCGUGGACUUGGUGGCCUUGAAGCGCGACUAUCUGUCGCAACGCGGCGCCGAAUUGCUUGAUAGUGACAGCGACAUCGACGUGGUGGGGGAUUCGGGCGGCGAAUCGGAUACGUUGAACGGCAGCGAGCACGAGCUGUUCUCCUCGUCUUCGGAGUGUUGCGGCGUCGAUUUAACUGCGACGUCGCAGGACGAGAAGUCGGUAAGAAGAGCGAACCCGUUCAGCAUAGACUCUUUGUUGAACAACAACACCUGAGUGACUACAAUGAGUACAAUAAGGAAUGAAAACUGUUGAAUUGUGCAAUAAUGUAUUUAUUAUCGGUUGUAGAUGAUGUCUUGCCAUUGUUUCAUUCUUUAGUUCCGGGAAAGAAUUAAUCGCAGUGGUAUGAAGAAGGUUAGUGGUUCUCUCAAGGUUGAUGGAGUCUUGUUAGGCUGGAGGGAAUUGUGAUGUGAAAUAUCUGAGGCAACAACUAUUUUAGUUUGAAUUGGAACAAUCCACUAUAGUAUCAAUCUUAUUGGCUGCUGAGAUUCAUUUUCCUUGAUCAAAUUCGAUGACAGAAUAGAUAUCGGGAAGUACAAAAAUCAAUUAACAAACCGAUCAAUUCUAUCUUACCUCUGACCAUGACUGACAAGAAUGAAGAAUUUCUCGAUAAAUAUUUUGAACAAUUGAAAUAGCAUCAUUCAAUUAAUGAAUAGGUUUGCUCCUCCUACAGUGUUUUAUUAAAAAUAUCUAAAAUGUAUAACAAUGAAGGCACGUAACAUUGAGCAUAAAAUAAAUCAGUUAAUGAAUCGAUUGAUCAUUCAGUAAAAUAAUAGGAAAUUCCAGUUUCAUACGAUCUCAAAUGUUUGUAUUAUUGUUUCUAUAUGUUCCUUGACUGUUAUGUUGUAAUAUGUUUGUAAAAUAAGUGUAAAUAUCUUUAUAUACAUAUCUUUCAACACUCCUUCAUCUAGAGAGUGUUUUUGAAUGAAAUCAAUACACAUAAAAAUGUUAUAAUACCUAUAUCGCAUAGUGUAUAUUUUCGAAACACCUCGUUCGUCCAAACUAUAACAUAAUCUAUGUAUAUAGUACCAUCCCAUGUAAAUAUAUGUUCCUUGAAACAUUCCAAACAUUAAUAAUUUAUUACUAACUACCUAUAGGUGUAAGAGACACAAUUGUGCAGCAAUACUAAGAACAAGUUCAAAUCGUCUACUUACCUAUUAUUUAUUUUACCAUCAUAUUAUAAAUAUACUCGACACGUCUCGAGCUUUCAUUAGAAACAUUUUCUGUAGCGUGAUCUGUAAAUAACACAAAUAUUUGUCUUUCCAACCAAAACAUAAUCUGUACCAAGAAUGAAUUAUAAUAUACAACGAAAAUAAAAGUAUAUCAGAGGUAACUCUAUAGUUGAUGAUGAUGUUACCUGCAUUUGAAUUCUUCACCAGUGAUCUGCAGUACUACUGUAUCAUAGUAUAAUAAAAUAUUAUUUAUUCG